AUGCCACCUCGUCGCCGUGCAGCUGCCAAUGCGCAGUCCCGUAUUACCUUCGGUACCCAGUCCCGGGUGACCAAACCGUCAACCACCCCAACUACACUGCACAAGGGGAAGGACCUUGAUUCCAAAGCCCCACGAACGACCGAUGAAUCCGCAUCUGCCACUCCUGAGCCCGCACAGGUUGUGGCCCCCGAGCUAUCCAAACCUCACAUUACCGAAUUAGCAGUGCGCCAGCCUGAGCCCAAACAGAUUCGAACCCCAGAAGAGGAACAAGCGUUGAAGCUAUCCUUGAAAGACCUGCGGAAAUAUUGGAAUGAGAAAGAGCCGGAGAAAGAUAGAGAUCGGCCAUUCCGAUGGCAUCAAGGAGGCGUGAACCUAGAGGAGAAGAUUCUCCGGAAUUUCGAUCAGUCUAGUCAAUACGGGCCAUGUAUUGGUAUGAAUCGGACCCAGCGGUGGCGGCGUGCGCAAAAACUAGGCCUGAACCCGCCGAUCGAGGUUUUAACCGUCCUUCUGAAGGGUGAGGAUAUAGAUGAGAUGUCCCAUAUGGAGGCCUUGAUCUCUCGGUGA